UAACGCUUUGCCGCCAUAGUGAGCGCCAUAGUCACCGUAGCUGUUGGCGACUGCUUUCUGUCAACUGAGGUGUAUAAAUCUUCACAUUUUUUCCCCCAUGUACAAACAAAAUCAUGCAAUCAGUAUCUGGUCCUGGAGGUACUACUAUUGUUCAUCUUUCUCCAAAAAAUCAUACAAUUUUACAACAAGGUGGUCAACAUGUUUUACUUAGUAAAAUUGCUUCCGACUCUACUACUAAUAAUAAUAAUAAUCGACCUGUAACAAGUGGAGUAGAAACUGAUUUAUUACAAACAAGUCAUUCAAAUAAUUCACAAACUAUUUAUCCAACUCAAUAUAUUGAAGCUAUUUCUGAACAAUCAUUUUAUCCUACAAAUGGAGAAAGCGGUGGGAUACUCGAAAUUAAGUCUGGUACGCCAUUAAGAAAACUAUUUGCAUCAGCUACGAAAUCUUUGUCUGGACAAUAUCAAGAAUACACACCGAUUAUUUAUGCUCCAGUGUCAGGUGGACAAACCUACUAUCAAACAGCUAAUGGACAACCUAAUCCUGUACGUAAAGUUGUUCGUGUCACAACAUUCUGUGAUGCUGUUUCAAAUCAACAACCAAUUGUAGAAUCAUCAUUUUCCAAUUGUACAUCAUUCAUAACUCCUGUAACUACAACUACUACUGCUAGUAGUAGUAGUAGUACUAGUACACGUUCAUUGAAUAUAAAGCACACAUUAUCCGGAACGUGUAUAACACCAAUCGCUACUAAUACUAAUACUACUAUUAAUUCUAUCAGUAGUACUACUGGUCGACCAAUUGAAAUACAUUCGUCACCUUUCAUUGUAACUACUACUAAUGCGACGACAACGCCAUCAUCCUCAUCGUCAAUCAUGCAUACUAGUAGUAAUAAUAAUAUAACAACGACAAUCACUAAACUGACUGUAACUACUGCCAACACAAAUAAUACCAGCUCGCCUAUUGAAAUCAUCUGUGCAAAACGACCCAAAUUAUCUUAAUCCUCCCCCCCCCCGCCAACACACAUACACAGACGCAGACACAUAUUUCUAAUUUGUUCUAAUCAAAAUUAUAUUUCACAAUGAAAUGCAUUUUACCAAUUCAAUUAUUUAUAUAUAUAAAUAUGCUAACCAGGAGCAAGUGGAGCGGUGGCGUCGACGGCCAGCGGCAGCUAUAUUCUUUACUACUUACCAAUGAUUGUUAAUGUUUGUUAAUUUGACUAUUUGUGAAGUGUUUUUCUGUUUUUGUAUCAACAAUCUGUAUGUGUAUGUGUGUGUGUGUGUACCACUCACUCACUCAGUACGUUUUCAUAAACUAUCUUCACUUCUAUAAAUAUACCUAUGUACAACGAGACAGCUCUCCCUCUCUCUCUCCACUUUACCAGCACUACUACUUGUAUGGUGUGCUCAGGUGUAUGUGUGUGUGUGCGUGCAUGUGUGUCUGGAGGUGAGUAUGUGGGUGUUUGUUUAUGUAUUGUGAAAAGCCAAUAAACAAAAAACAACGGUUUCACAUCGAUUUAUUGAUUUCUGUGCACAAUAAUCAUUCCGUUUUUCUUCUGUUUUCUCUUCUUUAUUUUUUGUGUAUAUUGUCAA